GUUGUCUGACUCGAAAACAAGAGGGGCACUAACACGCCCACGACACGGAGAAAAGCGGAUUAAAGUCCCGUAGAGAUGGCAGGGGAGGCGGAGGACGAGAUACCAGAAUCAGGAGCUGUUUUCACUUUUGGAAAGAGCAAAUUUGCAGAUAACAUUCCCAGCAAAUUCUGGCUGAAAAAUGACAUCCCCCUAAAGAUCGCCUGUGGAGACGAGCACACCGCCUUAAUAACAAAAAAUGGGAAACUCUUCAUGUUCGGCAGCAACAACUGGGGCCAACUGGGUCUGGGAUCCAAAGUGACAGUGAACAAGCCUACAUGUGUCAAAGCUCUAAAGUCAGAGAAAGUUCAGCUUGUGGCCUGUGGAAGAAACCACACUCUCAUCAGCACAGCUCAGGGAAAAGUGUUCUCAUCGGGGGGAAACAGUGAGGGUCAGCUGGGGCUCGGAGACUGCGAGGAGCGGACGGCCUUCCAGAGGAUUCACUUCUUCGACUCGCGAGGACCAAUCAAAAUGCUUGCUGCGGGAUCAAACACCUCUGCUGCUCUCACAGAGAGCGGUAAACUGUUCAUGUGGGGCGAUAACACGGAGGGCCAGAUCGGUUUGGGAAAGGAGAGUCACGCCACCUCGCCACAGGAGGUCAGCGUGGGGCGACCAGUCAGCUGGGUGUCCUGUGGAUACUACCACUCCGCCUUAGUGACAGCUGAUGGAGCUCUGUACACUUUUGGUGAGCGUGACAGUGGUAAACUGGGAUUAGGUACCGAGCAGCUGCCUCGACAUCGAGUCCCUCAGCGGGUGAAGAGCAUUAAAGAGGCGGUGCUGCAGGUGGCCUGUGGAGGAGGACACACCGUGGCUCUCACGCAGGACGACAUCUACUCGUUUGGUCUCGGUCAGUUUGGGCAGCUCGGUCACGGCACGUUCAUCUUCGAGUCGCGGCUUCCUCGGUCUGUUGAGCAUUUCAAAAAGGGCCGAGUGUGUCAAGUGAACUGUGGAGAAAACCACACCGCUGUCAUCACUGAAAGUGGUCUUCUGUACACGUUUGGAGAUGGUCGACAUGGGAAAUUGGCUCUGGGGGAAGAAAACUUCACAAACCAGUUCAAACCGACUCUGUGUCCACGCUUCCUCAAGUACAAUGUUCAGGCAGCUAUGUGCGGCGGCUGUCACAUGGUGGUGCUGGCUCAUCCGAGGGAUCCGAGCUGUGGCGAUGUGACUCUGGAGGAAGACGAUGAGACUGAAGUUUUUCUGGAGAAGCCGUACGUGGAGCUGCUGGGGAGCUCGACUGACUCCUCCAGCCUGCAGAGGAGCCUCUCCGCACGGGUCCGAAGGAGAGAGAGGGAGAGAUCUCCAGACCAGUUUGGCACCAUGUUCCGCACGCUGCCCGCUGUCAUGUCCGGCUUCCUCCACCCGCCGCUCCCCAUCUCCAGCCAAACCAUCCCACCCAGACUACCGCCGUCCGGUCUGAGCCACAGAAAGGUGCUCAACGGCACUCACCAACACGGGAGCGCAGGGUCAAUGCACCAGGAGCAGACCGACAGCGUUGUGGAGAGCCUGACCGACACUGACAGCGUGAAAGGUCUCGGAGAAACCUCUGACUUCCUCAACAUGACACAUGUGAUGAAGAUGGAUGGGGAUAAAACGCUGACUCUGUCUCCUAUUCAGAAGAAGAAGGGUAAGCAUGCUAAGGGUAACCAAAAAAAGGAGCAUAGCAGUUUAUCUUCCACUCCAACGUCUCAGAAGAGCGGCAGUGUGACUCCUCGCCGAGCACUUCCCGCUGAGCACCUAAGGAGCCCUGGUGCUCACUCUCUGGCCUCUCAGAUCUCACAAACACAGAAUAAGUCCCAGCAGAAUGAAGAGAAUCUGACCCUGGCUGUGGAAAAUCUACAGAGGAGACCUGGUAAAAGCAAACCUCAGAGUUUAGGAGACAGUAAGAAAGCAGCAUCUAAACCGAAGAGCAGGACAGCUAAGGGGAAAAGUCAGCUGAUGGAGGUUGUCAGGAAGCCGGAAACAGACCCUAAACAAAGUCCUGCAACCAGAAAGAAAGACUUAAAUGUUGGCUCUGAAUCUGUGAAAGAGAAGCAAUUUCAGCCAAAGCGUGUCAGCGUUAAAAGCAAACCGAUAGCAGUGAAAAGUCAGCAAACAGGAGCGUCAUCACCAGGUGAACACAGCCAAACAGACUCAGAGAGUUUCGACAGCUCUCGACAGGAAAAAAGCCCAAAAUUUAAAGAAUAUGCAGAGUUUUCUAAAAAGUCAAAGAACGAGAAAAACGUAAAGGAGGCUAAGUCAAAGGAAGAGUCUGGAAAAAAAGAGCAGGCGUCAAAUCUGGGCUUGAUCGCUGGAGCCGCCUCUCUCGCAGCAGGAGCAGCUUUAAUUCACGGGGUCAUGUCACAAAACUCUCCAUCACCAUCUGAGAGCAGUCACAGCGUCCUGAAAGACAAUGUGAGAGAGUUCACCAGCGAAGGACCUGGAUCUACCGCUGACGAUUUCAGCAACAAAUCCGCCGUCAGCAUUAACAUCAUCCCUGCAGCCGAGAGUCCAGAAGACGGGACGAGUCAGGAGGAAAGUGAGGAGAGGACGGACUCUGGGACGGUCAAACAAGAGGACGAGGAGGAGCAGAGGACAAGCGCUGAUGUAAGCGAGGAAGAGGAGGAUGUCAGUCACAGUGUGGAGAAAGUCACAGAUGAGGAAGAAGAGGAGGAUGUCAGUCACAGUGUGGAGAAAGUCACAGAUGAGGAAGAAGAGGAGGAUGUCAGUCACAGUCUGGAGAAAGUCACAGAUGAGGAAGAAGAGGAGGAUGUCAGUCACAGUCUGGAGAAAGUCACAGAAGAUGAUGAAGAGGAGGACAAAGAUAGUGACACUCUAAAAGCAGAAGGAGAGUCAGAAACUGAUGCAGGAAGCAGCAGCAAAGAGGAAGAUGAGAGCAGUGAGGAAAAUGAGGAGGAGGAGGAAAGCGAGACGGUGGGGAGUGAAAGCGAGACGGUGGGGAGUGAAAGCGAAGAUGAGACCGAAGACAAAGACAGCAAGGACAGUGAUGUAGAAGAAGAGGAGGAGGAGGAGGAGGAGAGUGAGGAAGGCUCAAGCCAAGACACAGAGAGCAAAGGAGAGGAUUCUGAAAAUGAGGAAGAAGAUGAGGAAGAAGACGAAGAUGUGGAGAGUGAGGAGGAGGAAGAGGAAAGUGAAAGCCAGUCUUCAGAGUCUUCAGAGGAGAGUGAAAAGAGUGAUGAAGAGAGCGAGGCUGAGGAAGGAGAGGAAGAGGAGGAGGAGGCGGAGAGUAGCGCUGAGGAGGAAGAGGAGGAGAGCAGCGAGGAAGAAAAAGAGAGUGAAAGUGAGACAAAAAGUGAAGAAGAGGAAGAAGAAGAGGAAGAGAGUGAUGAGGAAGAGGAAGAAGAAAGCGAAGAAGAGGAGGAAGAAAAAAGUGAUGAAGAGGAGGAGGAGGCUGAUAGCACAGAUGAUGAAGAAGAGGAUGAGGAGGAAGAAGAAGAGGAAGAAGAGGUCAAAAAGAAGACUCGACAAAGCGCUAGAUCUGGACGUAAACUGAGGUCAACUCAGGCAGCCGAUGAGUCCGAGGAGUUCUGGGACGACGUUUUACCGCAGUACCUCAACCUGAAAUGACCAAAAACUACGGAAGCCUUAAAGGGACAUGUUAGCUGUCAUAGUUUCCUUUAUUUACACAUCUACUCAAAUUCUAUGGGACUCAUCACGAAGUAUUUGAGGCAGCUUCUCAGUCUCAGCUGGCUGAAGUAACAAUGACAUGUUUACAAUAAAACAGAAAUAUUAAAAGUGAUAAAUAAAUGAAUAAAAGAGAAUAUUUUAAUGAGGCUGCAGCUCCUGUCUGCUCAGGAAAGCCCACCUGAAACCAGGAGAUAGACAGCUUCAUACUUUAUUUAGACUGCACCAUUCAGACAAAGGCAACUGCUGCUCUAAGUUCUUUAUAACAGAGCAGAAAACGUGAUCGAUGUAAAGGUAAGCUGUUAAAGAGAUAAGAGCACACCAACAUGAAAUCACAAAAACAGCAGCUAUUUAUCUUUAUUUAUAUUUAUUUCUCCUAAACAAAGACACAUAUCUCUGUUUUUUUCUGUUCAUCAGACUCACCGUGCCUUUCUGAUAUCUCCCUCAUGUUUACACAGAAUAACAUGUCUUUGACACUUUGUCAAGGAACACAGUAAUUUAUUUGUCCUUAUAGCUGUUAUUUAUAUUUGGUGGUGUGGCUGUCCUGGGAUCCUCUGCCCUUCCACGAGCCUAAAGUAAAGCCUCAAGCAGGAACAGCACAAGUUCCUGCCUUUACUGUGCGUAUAAGGAAAGCCUGAGUCAGGGAGAGAAGCAGAAAAAACCCAAAGCAGAGCAGGCAGCAGUGGCAACCGAAUGACAUCGAGUCGGAAGGGAAUAAAGGAGGGGCUGGGGUGGAGGAGGGUUGAAAAGGAGCAGCAAAGCGUACCAGGCUAGAGCUUAAAUAUGGCAGCAUGGGUGCGAUUAGCCAAUAGCGUGUUCAGAGUGAAUCAGCUGGAGAAGGCUUGAUCAGCUUAUCUCAAUCAUAUGGCAGAGCCUGACUCUGUGGCCUGCUUUCACUAACAUUAUACGCUCGAUUUCAGGAAGGCUUAUGUACUUUCAUCCUUCAGCCGUCAUAUGAUUUUUAAACUUAAGUUUACUUUUUUUAUUUUGGCAGCUUUAAAACAAGAAUUAAUACCUGUAAGCUUCCUCUUUUGUUCUCCUGAUUGGCAGCUUUAAUCAAAUUAAAUGAUUAUGAUUUAUAUUUGAAUACAUUUUCUGUUUUCAUUGUUUCUGUCUGUAAUAAAUAAUUGUAUUUUAUUUAAUUUUUCUGUUGUUUUUUUUUUUGCUGCUUUAUAACUCCAACCUAUUCCUCAUCUUCUUAUAUGUUACACUUUAUUUUGAAAGUCUGUGUAUGAUUAUAAACCUCAGCAUUUCGUUCAGAAAAUCAAACUUUGUGCUAAAAAUGCCAUGUUUCACUUGCAAGACCCACACCAACAACCACAAUACGGCUUGACAAUUAAUUAUUUAUUACAUUUUUAUUGAUAAAGAUUCUCUUGAGAGAUUGAUGCGAAACGUUUGCAAGCAUCUGUUUGGGGAAGCUUAGGGGUUCCACCGUAGCUCUCAAACCCCCUUUAGGGCCCUAGAAUUAGAGGAAAAAGAGAGAAAUUGGGAAAAGGGAGGAUUGUAGAAUAUGAGAAGGAA